CCAUGUCGGACUGGCAGCGAGGGUCCAAGAUGGCGGUGGAGUGAGAGUGUGUCUAGUAAGCCUCCGUGAAACACGAGCGAUUUGUCUUGGAUAAUCAAGUCGUGUCGUGCCAAAAUUUGUUCUAUGCAGUCCUAAGGUGUCACGAGACCCAUUGGUGAGAGAACCCGGUGGAUUUACUAGUCAUGGAUUCCCCAGCAGCUGCGAUAUUCCUUCUGGCUGUCCUCGCCGCCAUUGCCAAUGCUCAAUUAAUACAACGACCGAACAAAGAAGUAUCGAUCAAGAGUGUCCGCAUCCUGUGUAACAGCAACGAUAUCGUCGUCUCCAUUGAAACCAACACGGCCUUCAAUGGCAUGAUCUACCCCAAGGGACUGUCCAAGAACUCCUCCUGCAUGGCGGAGUUCAGGGAGCAGAUCAGCCCCGUGUUGUACAAGUUGCCGCUCAAAUCAUGCAGCACCAUGAGCUCGGAAAUGGAUGACGGCAUCGAGUACUUCAACACGGUGGUGGUUCAGCCUCACAGGAAGCUCGUCACCAACCAAGGGCGAGGCUAUCACAUCCGUUGCAAGUACCAGACGCAGGAGAAGACCGUCACCAACGCCUUCAACGUCAGCGGAGACUUCGUUACGGACGCUGAAUGGAAGGCACCAAACGGGUCCAGCUUCGUUGGCACCACUCCGCUGACCGCCACGGCGCCCAUGCCCGGCUGCUACAUGAGGAUCUUCGCCGGCACGCCUGACGAGAAGCUGGUGGCGGAGAACGUGCGCAUCGGCGACCCGCUCACCAUGUCCAUCUCGCUGGACGACCAGGAGAUCUACGGCAUGAAGGUGACGGACUGCCUGGUGCGGGACGGCUUGGGCUGGGGAGAGCAGAUGCUGAUCAACAGUGACGGAUGCCCUGUCGACUACGAAAUCUUUGGUGCCCUGGAGUACUCGCCGUCCAAGACCUCGGCGACUGUCCGCUUUCAGGCUCACAAGUUCCCUUACAUCUCGUCUGUCUACUACCAGUGCAACGUGAAGCUUUGCAUCAAGAACGCCGGGGGCUGUGAUGACGUGCCGCCCCUGUGCGUGGAUGGCGAGAACGUCCUGCGCCGUCGUCGUCGUAGGGACGUGGAAGUGGAUGGGAACGGUGACCUGCGUGAAGUGGAGGCUGAGGUGGACGAGAACCUGACCAUUGAGGUGUUCACUGGUCUCUAUGUCAACGAGGACGAGGAGCUGCCGGAGCCUGAGGGAGCGUCGGACACACUGUCGCCGGUGAAGGAGGAAGUGGAGGAUGACCCAAACACCUUCUGCCUUUCCCCCAAGACCUUCGCCAUCGGCAUCGCCAUCGCCGGUCUCAUCCUCAUGGUGGCCGUCAUCGCAUCCAUCCUCAUCCUCAUCUCCCGGCGGCGCAGAAGAAAGGAGGACUCCACCACGGGCUCCUCUAUUUAUUCCAGUCCGUACACUAACACUGCCUACAGCCACUCCUCCUAGACGGCGGUCAUGCCUGUAGCAAGUUGUGUAGCUUUAUUCCUUUACUCGUAAUUUGUUUGUAAAAUGCGUGAGACUCAAUCCCAAACACGAACGAAUCGAACUUUGUGAGACUCCUGGGAUACAGACUCCAAACUGAAGCGCUUCACGGCACGGUACAUGAAGCAGAUUAGACGUGUUCGAAACCCUGAAUGAACGCCUUCCCCGCCCCGCCCCGCCCCGCCCCCCGGCCUCAGUGCAUGGCGUUGUCAGCAGGUGGGCGGACGCGGCUGCUUGGCGAGGGACGGUGGCACCACUUGACCUGAACCAAGGACAGGCUGAGGGUAGGUUAGUUAUGCUUUGCCUGGUGAACUCGUGCACGUAUCGUAGAAGUCACCAACGUAAUGUAUGUUGACUUUAUCUUCCAAAUUAAUUAUUGUAACAAGUGAUUAGCGGCCAUCUUUUUCUUGGUGAGGUUGUUGCUGCGCAUUGAAUAACCAGUCAGUUCUUGGUCGCGUGUAGAUUACUUUCUUUUUCUCUUAGUAAGGAAUUCAGUAACUAGGAAAGUAUUUCAAAACUCAACAUUGAGAACAUUAUUAUUGGGGAAACUAUUGAAUUGCCGCUCGUUACACGUGGUCCAGGGAUCACUGCUCUGCUGGUGCCACUGAUGUGUAACAAUGAUUGGAGUUGUCUUUGUAGUGACGCGUAAAUCAUUAAUGUGUCCAAUGUUCAGAGAGUGCGAAGGUAAAGUUUAGCAGACUUUCACGUUCUGCAGGAUAACCACCAGAGGAAUGAACGAGGCUUGUUUAGCGAAGCACGAGCUCUGUCACAAGCACUGAACUACCCUUAGCUAUUUACAUUGUCUUUGUAUCUGUUAGGAAAUGUUAUGCCAAAAAAUUUAUGUACUAGAAUAUAACGUUACUUGUUAGGAAGGAAAGAAACGGUGUGCUCUUUUUUUACAGUAGGUCUUGAUGAUGUUACUUUUUAGGAAGGUAACCAGUGCUUUUUUUAUGUAUGUAUUAGGAUUGGACUGUGUAUGUUAAGUUUUCAAUGAGGAUCGAGGCCUUGGUGCUGUACCGUGAGGGAGGCUGACGGGAAGGUAGUGGUGAGUGUGCCCGAUGAAGAUAACCAGCUUUACUGAUAGAUUAAUGCUGUCUUCUUGUUAGUGAGGGUCUUCCUACUAGACGUCCACAGUAACCUCAGCAUCGCAUUAGGAUUACCGUCUCAGCAUCUCGCUACUAACAGGUUGUGAUGGUGGUGCUUGGGGAGACGCUGGUGGGAACUGACUGGUAACCUCAGAUGAAAAGCGAUUGGUGAACGAAGACAAAAGGUACCAGUUAAACAUUAUGACACUCCACAUGUGUGCACCGAAUUUGUGUCCACUAAAACUGAUAGUACUUCAGGAUAUUAUGUUUUGAGUUGCAUUACCAUUGUGAGAUGCUGAAAUUUUUUAAACGUACGGAUUUUUCAAUCUUUUUUGUCUGACGCCACCAAAGGUUCCCCUCCAGUCUCCUGCCUCCACUUCGUGUCUUAUCAAAAAUCCGUCCAUAGUAUUAAUCUGCUCAGUCGAUCCGUGACGUGACGACUUGAGUGAGUUUAAGUGUUAGGUGAUACCAAUACUGCGGCAGACGUGACUUACGAUGCAAUAUUUGCCGGUGAUUUAAGGGUCUUACUUCUUUUUGUACCAGCAAGUGCUAGUUUAUCUUACUAUCUUGUUAAGUACGUAGGUAACUUUUUAUAAGAUAUACUCCGGAAGGUGACAGCAGGAGAGGACUAAUUAUUUGUUAUGGUAAUGUGAGAAUGACUGGCUGAAUGAUUGUGUUUAGUUUUUGUACCAUUUUCCUUAAGUUGUGAAUGUGUUGAAAGUCUUAAUUUGUCACAAAGUAAAGAUUUGUAAUCUGCAACAAAGGAUACAGACACUAUGAUUGGGAGUCGCGCCACAAAACCACAUGAGAAUGUUAAACACACCAUGGUUAACAUUCAAGCGGUAAACCUGCAACCUUUAAAAGUUAUCUUUGUGAACGAAGCGUCUGCGCUGUUCAGCCACUGUCACUGGUAGUUUGUUCACUUUUCACACUCUUAGCAGUAAAUUAGUUAAGUCUGCAUGUCACUUGCUUUGAGCUUUGGACGGAAUAGCAAAAAAUACCUCACUAAAACCAUAAAAAGCUUCGUGUAUUACACAUUUGACUACACAUGCUACCUUGCCUUCAUAAUGUCUGUAUCCUCACUAUAGUGUAGCUAUAGUUUAGUGCCAUAAGCCUCGUGUGCUUAUCUACUCUGGAUAACAAACUCUCGUACUCUUUUCACUAAUACUUGUGGAAAGUGAAAUCAGGAUUUUGCAAUACUCGGAAACAAGAAUUAACCUGACCUGGCUGGUGCACUGAUGUCACUGUUGCGAAUCAGAAUUUCAAAAAGGUCUCACCAGUUUUGUAAUUCUAUCUAAAUCUUUCAAAAUGAGUCGGGUAAAAACCACAUUUAGCUUUGUCACAUUUUGUUAUAUAAUACUUUUGAGUCUGUACACUCGUGACAUCGUGAUAAUAGUUUGUGAAUGACUGAGAUGUAUCUUUCCAAAGACUGUAAUGCUCAUUUCUCAAACAUUUGCUUCUUGAUUAGUUAUUGAUUUCACAGUAACGGUCAUCUCUUAUACUUCCGUGACUCACCACUUGCCGUGAACUCUUCUCUAUACAGUUAACACUGAUGCUAUUAACUUAUGAAUUGACAGCCCCAACAGGCAGCUAUAAUUUUAAGUGUUUUUUUUUCAUCUAAAAUUAAUUUUGCUCGAAACACAACGUUAUACAGGGAAUGAAGACGCUGGUUUAUGGGUGCAUUGUUCCGCUUGCUUUCGUUCAUGUACAGUUUGAGGGGAGAAACAGGAAGCUUCUCACUUGACUCACAAUGCACUUCUAAAUCUUCGUCUUGUAUAAUUGUCGUGUGAACCAUUGCCAAAUAAGCAUGAGCAUUGUGUUGUAGGUUUACUGUAAUUGUUCUCUGUUGUUGAUAUGCUCAGAAUCUGGUACUGAUGAGAGAAGAGAGAAGACAACCUAAUCUCAUGUUUAUGAUUGUGAUUCGUGGAGAGAUAAUAUUAUACGUUUAGUUAAUGCAUCACGUACACAUGAGACCUACUAUGCGUGUAAUAAUAAAUUGUACUAAAACUUCCAUUGGUGAGACAGACAACUGGGGACUGGCAAGUAAGAGGGGCUUUUUUUUUUACUCUUUAGUUGCCCUUGGCCAGCUUUUCCCUCUUGCAUAAAAAAAAGCUAGAUAUGUUAAUGUUAUACUCUAAGGUUCAGUUUUGUGCAUAUGACAACUUCCCUUGGACCACUUAUACUCUCCACUCCUGGGCACAACUGUCAACAUUCACUCUUAUCUCUCUUUGUUUAUUGUCAUCCAAGUGCAUUGCCAAGCUUCGAAAAGAAAAAAAAAUGUGAAAUAUAACCCUUAACUUUUUAUCUUAAUGUCAUGUUUGUAAGUUGUAGCUUGGCGUUGUGCUUCUUUACUGGGUCUUUAUUUUUUAUCUUUAUGAUCAUUUGACGUUCUUUACCAAGUCAGCGCCUCGUGUGCAGCAUUAGUGGCGCGAGGUGUGAUGGGGUACGCACUCAUGCUCAAGGCAGGACGUGUUGCCUGUGUGCCCAGUCGAGUUGAUAUUCCUGUGUGCUAAGCGGGUUGGUGAAGGGUCAGUAGUUGCUCUAUCGGGGACACCAAAAUAAACGACUAUCAUUUUG